AUGGGUGUCUGUAUUUCAAUGGACUGUGGGGAAUGUGACCUUAGUUGCGGUCCUUGUUGUGUUGCGCUUGGUGCUUGUUGUGUCAUGUGCCUAUGUUGCAAGUGCUGCUGCGAGGAAGAACGGAAACCUGAUAAUGUCGUCAUUAUACAGCAAGCUCCGCCACCACAAGAAAUGCCACUUUUAAACCAACCAUACCCACACCCUCCACAGAGUUAUCCACACCCUCCAACCAGUUAUCCAUAUCCACCUGAUGGUGGCUAUCCAGUCGGAUUCCAACCUCCCCAACCUCAUGGCUAUCCGCAACCCCAACCUGUUGGUGGUUAUCCCGGAUAUCCACCACAUCAGAGCUAG